AUGGAUCUCGACUCUGGUGACUCCCCAUGGGGCGAUGAGCCCUCUCACUUCAAAAGCGACCAGGUUCCGUCGAAACCAAUGCCUGAGGAGGAGGCUUCAUCUUACCCUGCAGCAACUGCCCAACUCCAGGCCGACAGCGGACCCGCCGUUCGUUCGCCGCCCACCAGACGAGGCCCGCGAGGCACGCGCAAGAUCAGUGCCCAGGCCACACGCUUAGAAGCUGUCGAUAACACCGUUGAUCCGCUCGGCCCGCUGGGAGAACCACCAUCCGAGACUACUCCGACCACCGACGAAGCCCCAGCACCGCCUCGGAAGGAACCGUUCGCUGCACGCGGUGCGCGCCCACUGUCGUCUCCCUCUCAAGCUUCUACUGGGGAAAUGGGAGACUCGCGACAAUCACAGCCCAGUGUCAGCGUGGAACAGGCCGCGAAGCCGACAUUUGACAUCAACGUGGGGGAUCCGCACAAAGUAGGAGAUCUAACGAGCAGUCACAUCGUCUAUCAAGUCCGGACAAAGACCACAUCCAAGGCAUACCGCGUGCCCGAAUUCGCCGUCAGCCGGCGAUACCGCGACUUCCUUUGGCUUUAUAACUCUCUACACAACAGUAACCCGGGAGUGGUUGUUGCGCCUCCGCCCGAGAAGCAGGCCGUUGGCCGGUUCGACACGAACUUCGUAGAGUCCCGGAGAGCUGCACUUGAGCGGAUGCUGAACAAGAUUGCGGCCCAUCCGAUCCUUCAACAUGAUGCGGAUUUGAAAAUCUUCCUGGAGAGUGAGGCGUUCACCGUCGAUGUCAAGAACAAGGAGAACCGGGAGCCCGAUAUUGGCCAGAGCAAGGGCAUGCUGAGCUCGUUCGGCAUCUCUGUCGGGGGAGGAGGCAAGUUCGUGGAGCAUGACGAUUGGUUCCACGACCGCAAGAUCUAUUUGGAUGCUUUGGAGAACCAAUUGAAAGGAUUGUUAAAAGCCAUCGAUACGGUAGUUGCGCAGCGCAAGGGUCUUGCCGAAGCAGCGGGUGACUUUUCGGGGUCCCUUCACGCCUUGGCCGCGGUCGAGCUGUCUCCUGCCCUGUCCGCCCCGCUUGACGGGUUAUCAGAGUUGCAGCUGCGCAUUCGCGAGUUAUACGAGCGUCAGGCGCAGCAGGACGUUCUAACGCUCGGGAUCACGAUCGACGAGUACAUUCGCCUGAUUGGCAGCGUUAAGAUGGCAUUUUCACAGCGGCAAAAGGCCUUCCACAGCUGGCAUGCCGCCGAGUCAGAUUUGCAAAAACGCAAGCACACGCAAGAUAAAUUGUUGCGCCAAGGCAAGACUCAGCAAGACCGACUGAACCAGGUCAAUGCCGAUGUGGCCGAUGCAGAGCGCAAGGUUCAUCAGACACGGCUUUUGUUUGAGGAUAUGGGUCGGUUGAUGCGGAAUGAAUUGCAAAGAUUCGAGAAGGAGAAGGUAGAGGACUUCAAGUCUGGCGUGGAGACAUUUCUGGAGAGUGCCGUCGAGGCUCAGAAGGAGUUAAUUGAGCUCUGGGAGACAUUCCUACUGCAACUGGAUGCCGGCGAAGAAGGACUUCCCUAUUAUGUUCCUCCAUCGACCGCUGGCGAGAGCGGCGAGGGAUCCGCCCCGGCGUCUGCUAGCGGCGAACCAGCCACCGUGGCCGCGGAAGAUGAGUCGUGA